AUGUUCAAGGACCCGAAUCUCAUUCAGAAGCUUGCCUCUAACCCCAAGACGAGCGGCUUCCUGGCCGACCCCACAUUCAUGGCCAAGCUGCAGCAAGUUCAGCAAAAUCCUCUUAACUCGCAGGAUCUUUUCAGCGAUCCCAGAAUGAUUCAAGUCUUGGGUGUACUGAUGGGCGUUGAUAUGGAGAUGCGCGAUAGUGCUCCCGAGGGCAGCGAGUCUUAUGUUGUGUCUGAUGACAAGGAUACUCCCAUGACGGAUGCACCCAAGAAGCCCGAGCCAAAGAAGGAGCCGGUACCCGAGCCGGAACCAGAGCUGGACGAGGAAGCUCUAGAGAAGAAGAAGAAGAAGGAAGAGGCCGACAAGGAGAAGGCUCUUGGCACCGAGAACUACAAGAAGCGAAAGUUUGACGAGGCUAUCGAGCACUACAGCAAGGCAUGGGAGCUCUACCAGGAUAUCACCUACCUGAACAACCUUGGCGCAGCUUACUUCGAGAAGGGAGACUACGACAAGUGUAUUGAGUCCUGCCAAAAGGCAAUUGACGAGGGCCGACUCAUCUAUGCUGACUUCAAGCUGAUUGCCAAGAGUUAUGCCCGUAUCGGCACUGCCUACGAGAAGAAGGGAGACCUUGCUCUAGCAGUCGAAAACUACAACAAAUCUUUGACCGAGCACCGAACUCCCGAUGUUUUGAACAAGCUCCGUGCUGCCGAGCGAGCAAAGACUGAGGCUUCUAAGCAGGCAUACAUCGAUCCUGCCAAGGCUGAGGAAGCCCGUGAGGAGGGUAACAAGAAGUUUAAGGAGAUGGAUUUCCCUGGUGCUGUGGCGGCCUACUCUGAGAUGGUCAAGCGAGCACCCGAGGACCCCAGAGGAUACAGCAACCGCGCAGCUGCCUUUGUCAAGCUCUUUGAGUUCCCCAGUGCUCUGGAUGACUGCAACCUGGCCAUCAAGAAGGAUCCCACCUUCAUCCGGGCCUAUAUCCGAAAGGCCCAGGCCUACUUUGGCAUGCGCAAAUACUCCGAGUGCGUGGACGCUUGCGACGAGGCAAUGCAGGUUGAUGCAGAGCACCACAAGGGCGCCAACGCUCGCGAAAUUGAGCAGCAGCAGCAGAAGGCUUUCUCAGCCAUGUACUCAGCCCGAGAGAACGAGUCAGAGGAGCAGACUAGACAGAGGCUGGCCCAAGACCCAGAGAUUAUGGGCAUAAUGCAAGAUCCCGUUAUGCAGUCCAUCCUGCAGCAAUCGCAGUCUGACCCCAUGGCUCUUCAGGAGCACAUGAAGAACCCAAGCGUGCGGUCCAAGAUCCAGAAGCUGAUAGCUGCUGGUGUCAUCAGAGUUGGAGGAAUACCCCGAUGA